AUGCGGAAUAUCAAAAUCUUCAGCGGCAGCUCCCACCAGGACUUAUCCCAGAAGACUACCGACUGCCUGGGCCUAGAGCUGGGCAAGGUGGUGAGGAAGAAAUUCAGCAGCCAGGAGAUGUGCGUGGAGCUUGGCAAGAGCGUGCGGGGCGAGGACGUCUACAUCGUUCAGAGCGGCUGUGGCGAGAUCAACGACAGCCUGAUGGAGCUGCUGAUCAUGCUGAACGCCUGCGAGAUGGCCUCGGCCAGCCGGGUGACGGUGGUCAUCCCGUGCUUCCCGUACGCCCGCCAGGACAAGAAGGACCAGAGCCAGGCCCCCAUCUCGGCCAAGCUAGUGGCCAGUAUGCUGUCGAUAACGGGCGCGGACCAUAUCAUCACCAUGCACCUGCACGCGUCUCAGAUCCAGGGCUUCUUCCAUAUCCCCGUCGAUAAUCUGUACGCCGAGCCGGCUGUCCCGAGGUGGAUCCGGGAGAAGAUCCCCGAGUGGACGAACUGCACCGUGGUCUCCCCUGACGCUGGCGGGGCCAAGAGGGUGGUGGCCAUUGCUGACCGGUUGAACGUGGACUUCGCCCUGACUCACAAGGAGUGGAAGAAGACCAGCGAGGUGGACCGCAUGGUGCUGGUGGGCGACGUGAGAGGCCGCAUGGCUGUCCUGGUGGAUGACGCGGCCGACACCUGUGACCACGCGGCCGACAAGCUGCUGUCGUCUGGAGCCACCAAGGUGUACGUCAUCCUCACUCAUGGCAUCUUUUCAGGCCCGGCCGCGUCUCGCAUCAACGGCGCCUGCUUUGAGGCAGUGGUGGUCACCAAUACCAUACCGCAGGGGGACAAGAUGAGGCACUGCCCCCAAAUCCAGGUGAUGGACAUCUCCAUGAUCCUGGCCCAGGCCAUCUGGAGGACUCACAGUGGGGAGUCCGUGUCCUACCAGCUUAGCCACGUUCCUUUGUAA